GAAUCCGCCUUGCGGUCGCUCUUACGUAUGCGCGGUGUUCCUUCGUGGCCACCGUCCGUGUGCGGGAACCGCUCAGGCUGAUUAGGCGGACGGUUCUCGGUGAUCUGUGGGCUUUAUUUUCGGAGUUGGCGGAAUUCGGCAGCCGACGACGAUGCUCAGCAACCGCGUGUCGACGAUCCUGCGGCUGGCCGCGCAGGAGCCGCAAUGGCAGCAGCAGCGAGGGAUGGCCACCCUCAAGGCGAUCUCCAUGCGUUUGAAGUCCGUCAAGAACAUCCAGAAGAUCACGCAGUCCAUGAAGAUGGUGUCGGCGGCCAAGUACAACCGAGCGGAGCGCGACCUGAAGCAGGCCCGUCCCCUCGGCGUCGGCACCAAGGUGUUCUACGAGCAGGCCGAGAUCGAGGCGCCGCCGGAGGAGCCGAAGAAGCUCGUCAUCGCCGUGACGAGCGAUCGCGGCCUCUGCGGCGCCGUGCACACCGGCGUGUCCCGCAACAUUCGCGACCGGCUGUUGGCCGACGCCAAGGAGCGCGAGAACACCAAGAUCGUAUGCAUCGGCGAGAAGUCCCGGACGAUCCUCCAGCGGCUGUUCGCGAACAACAUACUCUUCGUCGCAUCCGAGGUCGGCCGUAAACCGCCGACGUUCAACGACGCGGCUAAAGUAGCUAUACAGAUAAUGAACAGUGGUUAUUCCUUCGGCUCCGGACGCAUAGUGUACAACAGGUUCAAGUCUGUGGUGUCGUAUGCGGUUGACGAUAUGCCGUUGUUCGAUAAGAACGCGGUGGUCACCGCGCCGAAGCUGUCGGUGUACGACUCGCUCGACGACGAGGUAAUACAGAGCUACCUCGAGUUCUCGCUCGCCUCGCUCUUGUUUUAUUCGAUGAAGGAAGGCGCCUGCAGCGAGCAGUCCAGCCGUAUGACGGCCAUGGACAACGCCAGCAAGAACGCUGGAGAGAUGAUCGACAAACUCACCCUCACAUUCAACCGCACUCGGCAGGCUGUGAUUACCAGGGAACUGAUCGAGAUUAUCUCCGGUGCCGCCGCUUUGGCUUAAGAAUUUUCCCGCGGUGGGAAAGCUUAGUUUAUCAAUGUAUAGUGCCGGCAAAUAGAAAGAGAAUAUGUUGCUGGGAAAGGAAGAGGAACGGGGAGACGCGCCUGUUAUGCUGCCGAAAGAUCAAGUUUCCCCCAUUGACUUGGACAAUGUUCGAUUAACCGUGGAGUUGUAUGGUAAACAUCAAGAAUAUUACGAGUCUAUCUGAUAUUUAUAUGUCCAAGUUGUUUAAUAAAUCAGCUCAAUUACAAAA